CAUUUCUGCCAGGGUAGAGGAAUGCUGGAGACCCAGACACAAGGGAGGCUGCAGCACACUGCACCCCAGCCCCACACCUUGGACUUCCUCCUUUUGCAACACACAGAUGUCAGAAACUGAGCUGGAAAAGAUAAAAGUAAGAACAGGCGAGCAUUUUGAAAAUGACAAAAGCAACAUUCCUUGGUUAAAGGAAGAUACGCAACUCACAAAUGAAAAGCAUGCAGAAGAGAAACCUAUUAAUGCUAUUAUUAUAAAUUCAGUAUCCGAAUUCAGUAUCACAGAUGGACCAGCCCAGGAAAGCCCCAAUGAGAAGAACCUGUCAGGAUCGAGCACUUCACUCUCCUCCCUCGAAGAAUGCCAAACGAAAUUUCCCUACCUCCAAACUAAUACUUCAGUUCAUCAGAGAGAUGCGGAUGAGGAGUGUGCCUCCCUGAUCCUCACCUGUCUCUUUUGCCAAUUCUUGGACUGCCUCCUCAUGCUCCCUGACACAUGUGAAACGGUAUGCAUCAACCUGUGCUGCCCCUCUCACAGGUACUACUCCGCCUCAGAUGAGAAUCAUCCACGCAAUGAUUGCAACUUGACCUGUGACAUGGACUGCAGCCUCUUUGAAUCCUGCCACGAGACCAGCGAGUGCCUGGAGCUGGCCAUGGAGAUAUCAGAAAUCUGUUACCGCUAGUGCAAGGCAAGAGAAGCACGUGGGCGGUCGGUCCUGUUGGCCACAGUGGGGAAUUCUAUUACAUUGCAUCUGAGAUAAGAGCUCCAUGUGCCCAAAUGCAAGGACCAUACAUGUUUCUUGGAUGCUCUAGGCCAUUUUAUGCUGCACCUGCCUGGGAAAGCUACUACUGUCAACUCAGUGGUCUUGUUCCAAAUUUCACAACCGCAUGGCUCACUGCAAAAUAUGAUUCUUGAUCACACACAUGAUGAACAAAUUGCAAAUAUCUCUUAAAUGCCAUAGGUACAAGAUGUUUCUUGACUGUUAAAUAGCAUGCUAAACCACACUGCGCUCUUGACUCGGCAGCCUGCAUUGUGGCUCCAACUUCAUUCAUGAAUUCAGAACAAAUUGUGCUUUCUUGUAGGCUCAACACACAUUAGUUAUCUUUCUGAUGGACUCAUGCAUAAACAUUAUGCAUUAUUGGUUAUUAUUAAUAAUGUAUUGUGUAACAUCAUUUUGUAAUUAAAAAUUUAUUUAUGCAGUCUCUUAAAAUUCACUUAUAUGUACAGUUUAGGUAGGAAAGGGAAUUAAAUGAAUCAGAAACCAUGUUCCUAUAAUUAAAGCAGAUGUCUUUGAAACCUCUCCAAUGAAUCUUGAAUCUGGUAGACUUCAGGAGAGCCCUAUAAUUCUAGACAAUAUCAUUAUAUGUCUGUGACUGUAUCUUAAGAGGUCAUGCAUAUUCUUAAUUGGUUACAUAAAGAUGCUUCUUUAUUACAAUAAGCAAAAAUGGGAGCCAUGUGCAUGUUUCGGGAAUAUGAUCUAUGAUAAUCAUAUCUUCACUUUCCUCGCUUCUGUUUGUCAGGCAUAAUAAGCAACAGGAUAUUAAAAAGAAAUCAGUCCAUUUUACUAAACUAUCCCAUAUACAGGCACCUAAAAUAAAUACACCUGCAGAAACUUGCUCAGCUCCCACUGCCCGAAGCAGCGUGCAUGCUCUGGAAACCACAAUUCUAAAACCAAAAUUGUAUUUAUUUUUCUGCUAAUAAAGUAACUGAUGAUUGCAUUGAAACCUCUUUACCCUUACAUUGCUCCAAAAGGCAUGCUGUGGGCUAUGAAGUUACUUUCAAACGAAAUAAAUCAAAACCCACACCUGGCAGGAAAGGCACAUCUGGGCUGAAGUAACUUGGGAGUCUCCACACUCUGUAGGUGUGGACCAGUGAGGGAAACACUUUGUUCAUAGGCAUGCAUGUAUGUAUCCCCAUGGAUGGGACGCAGUGGGUUUCAUAUGAACUGACAAAACACGACAUAGCAGCAAACAAACAGAGCAGACAACUGAAAGUGGGGGUUGAGAAAUACUGAUGUGGGUGGAAGGAACAAGCGCCAUGACAGCCCCCCAAAUAAUUGUUUGAUUUUGACAUUGUUUUCCUCUCCUGCUUUGGGUAAUUUUAGACAGAAGCAAUGUCUGUUUAUAUAGUAAACCGGCCUUAUUUUUUCUACUCUAUAGGAAUUUUCAAAGAUGGGACAGAAUUAAUCUUUAAAAACUGCUGCUGAGCUGCCUUGAGAUUGUAUUCAACCCCUCUUAGCUUGCUCCUGAAAGCAGGGUAUAUUUAUGGUUAACGCUGCUUUCUUCUUGUGUGGCUGUUACGUUAUUCAUGGACUACAAAGAAUAAGACUAUGCCACCCCUAGUCCCCAACAUUUCUUUUUCUCUACCUUUCAGAAGCUCCAAGUUACAACUCUCAACUCUGUGUAUAUAAUUCACAGAUCAUUAAAAAUAAUGUGGAAGGGCAUGGUGGUACCCACCUGAAUUUCAGCACUUGGACAAUCAAAUCAGGGGUAUCAGCAAUUCAAUAUCUCAUCAGAUACGUAGCAAGUGGGAGACCAACCUGGUCUACACAAGGAGUGUCAUUAAAAUUAUGAAAACACAAAGCAAGCCCCACGAAUGAGUGGAUCCAAGAUAACAUGGUGAAUUCAUGAUCAGGAUCCUAACACAGGGUCUAACUCUGCUUCCUUACCUGACAGUUCUUCAUUCAUUAACAUCACAAACAUUAAAACGCUACCCUCCUGAUGACAAAUAAUGACGACCUUGAACCCCUUAUGCUUCCAACACCCACCACUCUGUCUCUUCUCCAAGCACCCAGCUCUCAACUCAUAUCCUAGUCACCAAAGAAGGACCCACAGAGGUCUUUGGAACCCCAUCCCAACAGUACUUUAUGUACCUGGUCUCAUUGCUCAGUCUGUUAUAUUCAUUCAUGUUCAAUGUUUUGCCAUCAGCCCCUUUCUUUCUCAACCACAUACCGUCAAUUUAUGUAAAGAUUGUGCACUUCAAAUGUGAAUUCAAUGCUUGUUGUUUCGAGACAUACAAGUCAGCAGCUCUCAUUGGACAGCCUUGUCAGAACCCUCUAAAACCUUCCCAUGGUCUUGCUUUCCACAGUUGGCUAACUUGUUUCUCAUUCUGAGAAUUCACCAUGCUCUACAAAAAAGGGUCAGUUAGACAAAGUGUGAAAUUUCUUUUCCU